AUGUUGAUGAUGAAACCUACAAUCAUUAUCUUGGUGAUCUAUUUCUUGAUCACGUUGGCAACAACUUGUUCGGCUCAAGAAGCUAGUGCUAGUGUCAGCGUGAAGAAAGCAGUGCUGGAUUCUGAAGGCAACACGAUUCCCAAAACCAAGAUGUGUCUUCUCACGCCCGCUUGGAAAGAUGGCGACUACUGGAACAAUACUCAUGUUGUCCCUGAAGACCACGGGCCUGAUGACCGUCAAUUGAUCCUCAGAAGGAAUGCCGAUAAGAAGAUGAUGUUAUGUACUUUUUGGAAACUGCCUGAUGGUGGCACUUCCCAAAUAACAAGUGAAGACGAAUCUCCAUCAGACGCAGGCACAUUCAGGAUCGAGGAAAGAGAGGGAAAUCAAGAUCAUCGUUACAAGUUGGUUUACGAAGAUACUAUGUUUGGACCCGGUGAAGUUGGUUUCAGUAGGGCCGAUUCUAGCACCGACGAACUUCGCCUUGCUUUUAUUGCGGACAAUUAUGUCGCUGGAGAAGAGGACAGGUUUACCAAACAUCGUCUUGACUUCUGGUUCACUGAUUGUAUUGCUUGUGUUGAUGGAGCUGUUAGUUGUGUUCAAUCCUCUUAA